AUGAACAAUUUGACUAAAGUCAUAUUUAAUGAAGAUUUUGAUGAAUCUUCAUCAUCUGAUGAUGAUAUCAUCAUAAUGCAACUGUUCACAGCGCAACAACAAAAAAUACAGACGUUAAGCUUAAACCAACCAACCAGACAUGUUGGUUCCACAAGUGGUCGUCGAUACAUUAUUUGUGAAAGGGUCGAAGGCAACGAACAAAUUUAUAUAGAUUAUUUUGAAGAUAAUCCUGUCUAUUCAGAAGAAUACUUCCGAAGAUGUUUUCGAAUGAGGCGGUCAUUGUUUGUUAGUAUCUUACAUGAUAUUCAAGAAGUGAAUACGUACUUUAUCCAAACUCGUGAUGCCACUGGUGCUCCUGGAUUAUCCGGUGUACAGAAUAUGAUUGUAGCGCUUUGGAUCCUACACUACGGUGUGCCUACGGAUGCUGUAGACGAGUACAUUAGAAUCGGCGAAAAUAUCGCUAGAUUAUUGCAAGAGGGAGAGCAAUGCAAGUUUCCUAGAAUGUUAGGGAGUUUGGAUUGUAUGCACUGGCGUUGGGAUAAAUGUCCAACUAUCCAAGCCGGUGCUUACACUAGACACUACCACAAACCAACAGUUGUAGUCGAGGCAGUUGCCACCUGUGACUUGUGGAUUUGGCAUGCUUUCUUUGGCAUGCCUGGCUCUCUAAAUGAUAUUAUUGUUCUUGACUGGUCGCCUUUAUUUGCUAAAUUAACUAGAGGACGUGCCCCUACUACCAACUACACCAUCAAUAAUCACAGGUACACCAUGGGGUAUUAUCUUGCAGAUGGUAUCUAUCCUCGUUGGGCAACGAUUGUGAAAACAAUAUCUUAA